UCCUCACGACGCGUUUCACUUAGCUGCAACAAGUCAAAAGCUUCAGUACAACGGUAACAGGAUGAGAAGAGACCCUUUUGGUUUUGGGGUCCAACUUUCGGAGAGGACCCAUCAGAUUCAUCAUGUCCAGCAUGCUUGGUUGCUUCGAAGACUAAUCAUCACUUAAACAAGAAAGACAUCUCUUUCAGCGACUCUUUUUCCUCGAUCCUUUUGCAGCUGAUCCUGCGCUGCUUCGCUUCCGUUUAAGAAGCUGUCUCGAUCUUGAUAAACCCGCGUCCGCAUUAUUUUGGCCACCGGUGUCCUUUUUUUGUGUGCUCAUCAUCCUCUUGAUAUAGUUCAACAUGAACUUGGUCCUCUUGCAGUUGGUUCUAACCGUCUUUUACCUCACGUCUGCUGAUCCCACGGUCGACAUGGCUACCAAUUCCUUGGAUGCGUCGGUUGAGAACUCCGCGUUCCGAACGCUGGUCCUGCGCCGGCCUCACACUGGUGCUCUAUACAAGGCAAUCCUCCCUGCUAAUUUGUCGGGCAUGGAGGUUUCGGUCAUUCGGCUACGAAGCAGAACGCUAUGGAGAGAAGGCACUAACUUCAGCGGCUUCACUAUCCCACCAAGAACAUUGCCAGUCCCUCACGUUAGGAGGCUUGCCAUAGUGUAUCAGAACUUGGGCAACUGGUCAACCCAGUAUUACUCCGUUUCUGGGUACUCCCUGAUCACUCCGGUCGUCGGUUUUAAGGUGUACGAUGCAUCUGAUAUUCAUUCUAAUAGCAUCAUCAAGCUUGGCCUCAGCACAAGUGGCAAUCCUAUAUCUAUUCAGUUCAAUGCUCCGGUGAAUCCUAGCGUGAAAACCUCCACAGCAAAGUGUGCGGCCUUCUAUGCAAACGGGACGGUACAUUUCAGCGCAAUGGGAUCGGCAUACACAUGUUAUGCUCGAGAUCAGGGUCGGUUCUCAAUCAUCAUUCCUCCUGAGACAAAGAAGGGGAAGCGGGGAAAUUGUUGGGUGAUUGGUUUAGUGCUCGGAAUUGUGGGGAUGGCCUUGAUGUGUUACGUGGGUUUUGUGCUGCUGAGGAUGUCGAGGUCGAAGAAAGUUCAGGUGAUGGAGAGACAGGCUGACGAAGGGGAACUGUUCAAGACCAUAUGGGUUGGUGGCAGCAAAAUGCCCUCCGCGACAGUGACAAGAACACAGCCGGUUCUUGAAAAUGGAGGUUUAACAUAGUUCCGAGCAUUCAUGCCCAUGAACAAGAGCCACCGUCCCUGGAUCUUGAAGGGUGAGCAACGCAGAAAAGCGAGAUGGCAAAGAAGAGUCGGGCAAUUUGGUUUGAGCUUGCUGAUAUGAAUCCACUUAGCAAAUGAUAUUGGUCCUCUUACUACCUAAAAAGAGAGAAGAAAAACACCUUUUCCUUUUCUUUGAUCACAUUUCGGCCAUUCUGGGGAUAUUGUGCUUGUGCUUGCCCAGGAGUUGCUCUUUUACUUAAAUUGACAUUGUGAAACUACAUUCAAAUUGCAUAUCCAAAGUCUUUUUUGGACUUCCUA